GUUGUUAUCAUGUCAGUGUCACAUGUCAUAAUUGUCAUAUUCUUAUUCGAAUGUUUUUGACAUUUAUUGGAAAUAUGGAAAUUGCAAGAGAUUUUUAAUAACAUUACCCAGUAUUAAUAUUAUGCUAAAUUUAUCAAGAUCAAAAUGAAUGCAGAAAUUGAAGAAAAUAUUCGUAAAAAAAUCCCUUGGCCUCAACUGCCUUCACAUAUCAAGCAGAUUUUAAGCAAUUCCCCCAAAGAAUACGAUAGGUGCGUUGUGAACUUCAGUAUAAAAAAUCAGUUAAGAUACCGUGGAAAUUUGGUAAGGCACAUCUUUAGAGAUGAGAAACGAUAUUAUGAAAGAAUCGUUGCUUACAGCAGAGAAAGGCUUAUGCUAUUCCCUUAUCACCUAGCUGAUAUGAUAGUAAAAGGACUUCGAAUAACACCUUUUAACUAUUACAUUUCUGUAGUAGAAAGGUUGAUUCAGGCUGAGAAGAGUUAUGACACUUUGCCAAAUUUUACUGCUGCUGACUGUUUAAGAUUGUUGGGAAUAGGAAGAAAUGAAUAUAUAGAAUUAAUGAAUAAGUCUAGAUCAAAUAAGGGAAAGUUGUUUGGAAGAAAAAAUGUACGAGUACUUCUGCCCAUGGUACCUUGUGAUAUAUACAUGCAACCAUGGUGGAGAGUUGAGGUUGGACUAGUUCUUGAAGAUGAUAUAAAAAUGGUAAAUGAAGAAGAAUUAUCCAUUAUUGACAAAUUAAUAGACCUAGGAUCUCAAAACGCUGGAAAUUUACCUUAUUCUAUUGUGAUCAGUCUAUACAAGAAAGGUUUAAUAUACUUGGAUGUACCAAUUACUGCAGCAGAUAUGGUCCAAGUACCACCCUUGCAAGGCUUUGUUAUGAAUCGAAUACUAGGAGACUAUUUUGAAACUCUUUUAUACAAAAUAUUUGUUUCUAUAGAUGAGCAUACUACAGUGGGAGAGCUUGCCGGUGUAUUACAAGUAGACACAGAAUUAGUUAAACAGGCUGUAUCUUUGUACUGCCGUUUGAAAUUUGCCCACAAGUUAAAUUUUGAUCCAGAACAAGAAAAAAUUCAAUGGCAUUCCUCGUGGUUAAAUAUUCCAUCACAAGAUCCAAGAAACGUGGAUAUAACUCCUUUAACCCUUAAUUUAAGUACCAAUCCUUUAAAUACCUCUUCAGACAUCCAGUCUCCUCAAUCUGAGCUUCCAGACAGCCCUGCCAGCAGUACUCUUCAAAGAAGAGGUCAGAGAGUUGCAUUUUUAUUCGAUUCUACCCUUACUGCUUACCUUAUGAUGGGAAAUCUCUCACCGGGGUUGAAAAAACAUGCAGUUACUAUGUUUGAAGUUGGAAAACUCUGCGACGAGAGUUUAGAUAGUUUUAUGACAGAGUUGGAAAAAGUAUCAGUGCUGGAUGCUGAAGGAGAAGGUGAAGCUAGAAGAUUUUUUGACCAUGCAGUCAUAUUGCGAUCUACUGUAAUGGCAUUAAGAAAACUUCCUAGUGCAGGCUUAGAUUUAGUUAGAUUAGAAAGCUUACAUUCCUUAGAUGAAGCUACUUGUUUAAGACUUUUGCAAAAAAAAUACAAGUUACUGGUGUCAAUGGCCCCUCUUAGUAGAGAAGUUAGGCCAGUAACUAGUCUUCUACCUCCUCAUCUGGGACCAGCUGUACCUGAAGUGAACACAUUAUGGUUUAAACUAUUUUUAUACCACGUGACUGGUUACGGACCACCAUCUUUACUUCUUGUAAAGGGGACAACUGUAAAUCAAUUACCACGUAUAUUUCUCGGAUUUACUCGCCUUUUAGUCCAUUCAUGGCUUCACGAACCUGCCGUUAUACCCAUUGCUAAUAUCCUUUAUGUUAAUGCAACACUCCAGUUUUCUCCCGUCCUAAUUCAGGCCUACGGGGUUCACCAACCCGCCCAAACUCAUAUUAUUCCAUUUCCUUUUAAACCAAUCACCCCCUCGAAAGUCAAAGAUAAUAGGCUCAAAGAGCAGCCAACAGAUGUGAGCUUUAGAGAACAUAGAGCUGUUAAAUAUUUGCAAGAAAUUGUUGAUUUGGAACAUAAUUGUGGUUACUUGACAUUUGGAAACAUUGGGGUACUCGAUUUCGGGUGCCCGAAUCGGGAGAUGCAAGUUAGGUUAGGGAGAAAUAACAGAACUGCAGGAACCGGCUUUGUUAAACCAGGUAAGGCAAAAACAGAAAACAACAAUCAGACUGAACCUUUAACAAUCACAAAUGAAAACUUCACUUUUCAACAAUCGACUCCAGAAAAAAGUAAUAAUUUAGAUACUAAACUACAAUCCCCUCUCGAAAGUCAUUUUGCGGUGACCCCAGUUUCGAAUAACAGCCAAUCAUCAUCACCAGCAAACGGAUUUACCAGCCAAGAGGGUUCAAAUUUGUUGCAGGAGGAGCUAGAUCAUUUGGUAAUAAGUGAGGAAGUUAAAGAAAAUAUGAAUUUAGAAUUAACCUUAAAAAGCAGCAUUUCAAUAGACGGUUUGGUCAGUCCUUUGGAUGAAAACAUCAGUAUGUUUGUAAGAGAUAAGCCAUCAGAAAUAAUACAAAAUGAUGCUAACGAACCCAAAAAGAUAGAAGAAGAAAGUGAAACUGAGCAAAAUCCAGCUGAGGUGUGGACCUUGUUAGAUUGUCACUUUGGUAUACCGUUAUUUGACGUCAAUGCUAAUACCAAAAUCUGUGAUACUCUUGUCUAUGGAGGCCUCGUUGAAGCCAAUAGUUUCGAACACUUGGUGGAAUCUAGUCGAAAAUUAGGAUCAUCUUUACUGGAUUUUAUUUCACAAUGCCAGUACUACCCUGGCGAACAUAUGGAGAUUCUGAAACGGGGAAGACUCGUCCCUCUUCCGAAACAUAACCUAGUUUUCGAUAAUGGCAGGGUAAGUGAAUGGUCAGGAAAAUAGAGAAAUCAAGUGGAUUUUCAUUUUUCACGCAAUAUGUAGUCAAUAAGAAGUUUAUUAUGUUUUAUGCAGUACAUCUUCUUUUUGUAUAUAUGUAGAAUAAGAAUUUCCAAAAAUAGUUUAUUAGUCCUACCGAAAAACUUCAACUUUAACUCAAUAAUGGAUUGAAAUUACAAUAUAUCACUUUUACUAUAAUACAUACAUUUCGUAAAAUUUUAAAUAUAUCUUCUUUGUUGACCAGUUGAUUUCAUUAAACUGGAUACUUUCAAUUACAAGUAUAAAAAAUGUACACUACAGAUUUGUAGACAUCAUCUAUUAAAAGUUGAUGCUGUAACUGUAUUCAAUAAGUAUUUGGAAAAAAUACAUAGAAUGAACAAGUAGUGUUUAAUCACAUUGGCUGGAUUUUAAAGAUGAAGAUAAAAAGUAAAAAAUUACCAUCCGCUUUUAACAAAGUUCAUUAAAAUUUAUGGGUCCGAUAAACUUUGACAAAGCUUGAAAAAUGUGAUCUGUCUGAACGACAUGAACGUCAAAUUACUGUCUAAUAAAGUUAAGGAAUCAAUAACGAAUGAGAGAUUUAACUGUUUAAGUGUUCUUGCAGCUGGGUGUACAUCUUUUUUUAAAUGUAUGUUAUUUAUAUUUAUGUUAUACAUAUAUCAAUUAUGUAUCAAUUAGAACAAAAUCAUCAUCACUAGUAUUGCAGUACUGUCCAUUAGCAGCGUUAAUCUUGCUGGCGUUUCUGAUUCAUAUUAUGCCAGUAUCGGCACGGUAAAGGUCUUAUGGUUUGAUAGAAUUUCUCCGUACAGGGUAUACCAGACUACUUCAUCCGGGCUAUGUCUCAAAACGAAUAGAGAUAUUUGUUACGAGAGAUUUUCGGGGCUCUAUUGAUAUAAAAUAUUUUGGAUAGCCGGUUAUACCAGAAGUGUUCCAAAACGUCUUUACUAUAAUGAAAUACCUUGUAUAUUUUUACAUCCCUUCCACGAUCUGAUUUCAACGAUGUAUCACACUUAAUGUCUAUCUUGUAUGUAGGGUGUCCCAUAAUAAUAUAAUUAUUCCAGGCUAUAUCUCAUAAAUAAAUAAAUAAACUGCUAUGCCAUUUUUUAAGAAAUUUUAAUAUCCCCUAAAUAUUUUAUUAUUAUUUUUAUUGUUAAGAACAGGCAAGCGACAUAGACGAUGAAGCUGCUUUUUUAGUUAGUGUCAAAAAUUAUUCUAAAUUACUACGACAGUUACUUUUUUUUUUUUUUUAUUUAUUUAUUUAAGAAGAAGAAUAAACAUUUUAUAAUACAAAAUCAAAUAAAUUUACAAUGAGAAAUUAUUCUUAAAAUAUGCACCUAGAUGCAAAAACAUCUGUAUGUGCAGUAGAAAUAGAUUAAAACUACAUAAAAUUAACAAUACCUAUAAACUAAACUUUUGAUGAUUAAAAAGACAUAAAUAUAUAAGACUUUGUAUUUAUAACAAAUUUGAGAGGUAUAAAUAUUUAUCAAAUAUAAAUUUUCUGAUCGCUUUAGAAAAGGUUUUUAUGUUUUUUAUUUGUCUAAUAUUUUCACUUAAAGAGUUGUAUACUUUUGGCCCAAUUGAAGAAAUUAAUCUUUUAUUUCCAUCAUAUUUAAAGAAUGGUACAUUUAGCAUUCUUCUCUUUUGUUUUCGGGUAAUAUAAGAGUGGUUUACAAAAUUUUUAUUUUUCAGUUUGAAAUAGAACAUACAGCUAGAGUGAAAGUAUAGUGAUCUUACGUUUGGAGUGGAUUCAUUGUAUAAGAGGGUUGUUAAAAACAAACGACUUUUAUGAUUUAUUAUCUUUAAGAUAUAAUUAUGAAUGAUACUUAAAGAAUGUAGGGCAUUGUCAUAUAAACCACCCCAUACAAUUAUGCCAUAUCUAAUUAAGGAUUCAAUGAGAGCAAUAUAUAUCAAGUGUAAUAACGUUUUAUUUAGAAUGUUACGAAUUAAAUAAAAUUUAUAUAUAAGUUUUCUUAUUUUGUUUGUUAAGUACUGAACAUGAUCAGUCCAUUUAAGAUUUUUGUUAACUAUUAUUCCCAAAUAUUUGGCAUUUUCCACGUCUUUGAUGAUGAAUUUGGAUUCUUCAAUACAAAUCUGUUUGAAGAUAGGCCUGUUAGCAUCUGUGAGUGAGAAUGCCAUAUAUACUGUUUUCAAUAUAUGUAAAGAUAG